AUGGAUUACAAGAUAUCGGAAGACAGCACUUCCUUUCCCUGGGAACUGGGCGUCUUCGAUGCCCACUGUCACCCCACCGAUACAAUGACAUCAAUAUCAGACAUCCCACACAUGCGCGCCACAGCCUUAACAGUCAUGUCAACACGUGGAGAAGACCAAGAACUCGUAGACGAAGUCACAAAGCGACUUGGAGAUUACCAUCAUGACUCCAAAAAUGAAAACGGAAAAAUCGUGCCAUGUUUCGGGUGGCAUCCUUGGUUUGCGCACCAGAUACGCGCUGAGGAAGAUGAAGAUAACACGAGGGAAACAAAUAUAUCACAACAUUACCGAAACGUUCUUACAGGCACAAUGGGAACCGAAAAUGACGAUACUGCCUUCUUCAAAACUCUACCAACCCCCAAACCACUUUCGACGUUACUCUCAGAAACUAAAACUCGCCUGUUGGCACACUCCAACGCCCUCGUCGGAGAAAUCGGGCUCGACAAGGCAUUUCGCCUGCCCAUGCCAUGGCAAAAGGAUGAACUUGACUCCCGGAACGAGGGUCUAACACCGGGUUCACGCGAAGGGCGCAAAUUGUCACCCUAUAGGGUGAGCAUAGCUCAUCAGAAGGCGUUACUCAAGGCUCAAUUGCAGCUUGCUGGAGAAUUACGUCGCGCUGUUUCGGUGCAUAGUGUACAGGGGCAUGGUGUUGUGCUAGAGUGUUUUCAGGAGUUGUGGAAGGGGUAUGAGAGGAAGGUUGAGAGUAAACGGAGCCGGAAGAAGUCGGUUAAUCAGGGACGGAAUGAGGAAGACGAAAAACAUGAUGAGGAAGAAAAAACGUCGGAGGCAACGCCGUUACCAUAUCCGCCACGAAUAUGCAUGCAUUCAUACUCCGGAUCUCCGGAAGCAGUAAAACAGCUCCUGCGUCCUAGUGUGCCGAGUGAUGUGUAUUUCUCGUUUUCGACUGUUAUCAAUUUCACAGGGCCAACUGUGGAUAGGGUUAAAUCGUGUUUGGAGUCAUUACCCGAUGAUAGGAUUCUGAUUGAGAGUGAUCUGCACACUGCCGGAAAACAAAUGGAUGAUUUACUUGAGGAAGUCGUCCGAACAGUCUGCUAUGUAAAAGGCUGGUCUCUUGAAGAUGGAACGAAGUUAUUAGCCGAAAAUUGGAGACGGUUCGUCUUUGGUUGA